AUGGCCAACAGACCUAGGGUAGCAAGAUUUACAGGUGCUGAAGCAUUGCGACUAAUACUUCAAGCCCAAAGUGAUGAUGAAAACAGCUCCAUUGAUGGAGAUGAGCCGGAAUCUGACAAUGAUGAUGAUCAUAUCUCUGAGAUGUCAGACCAUUCUGAUAUAGAAUCUGAGGUCCCUCCAGUAGCUGCAGCACCUCAUGCUGAUGAUCAAGAUUUGCCUGCAAGGGGGGCAGGUAGAUGUCGGGGACGAGCUCGAGGUAGAGGUCGUGGCCGAGAACGUGGGCGAGCCCGUGGAAGAGGCCGUGGCCAAAACCCGUUGCCACAAGCACUCCAACCAGAUGAUCAGCCUGUGGGAAACGAUGAUAUGCCUGACCAGGGUAGGCCAUACACAGGAAAAAAUGGAACAAUCUGGGAGAGAAAUCCUCCUCCAGCAGGUCGUCGCCGCAUGCAGGACAUCAUCCGCAAUACACCGGGCAUAACUAAUGCAGCACGAUGUGAUAACAUACCGUCAGUGUUUUCAUUCUUCAUUACACCUGAGAUGGUAGAUCUUAUUGCUCUGGAAACCAACAGAGAGGCUAGACAAAAGAUAAGAGACUGGAAUGACAAUCACCAUGAGAAUCAAAAGGAACAAUGGAAACCAGUUGAUGGUACUGAGAUCAAGGCAGUUAUUGGGCUUUGCAUUAUUGCAGGGUUGUACAAAAAUAACCAUGAACCACAGGCCUCUCUUUGGUCUCAGUCAGAUGGAAGACCAGUUUUCAAGGCCACAAUGUCCAGAACUAGGUUCAGAGACAUUCUGAAAUACAUGCGAUUUGAUAACAGAGCAACCAGAGCAGACAGACAGGCCAUUGAUAAGCUUGCUGCUUUCAGAGACAUUUGGACUAUGUUUGUAGUUCAGUUACCCAAAUACUACAUCCCUGGUACUGAUCUCUGUGUAGAUGAACAGUUAGUAGCUUUCAGAGGCAGGUGCAGUUUCAGGCAAUACAUCCCUUCUAAACCAUCUAAGUAUGGCAUAAAGAUAUGGUGGAACUGUGAUGCUGAAACAUGCUACCCCUUGAAAGGAGACAUAUACCUAGGUAGGCAACCAGGUGAACAGCGAGAGGUUGGCCAAGGGGCAAGAGUUGUCAAAGAUCUUACAUCUCCAUGGUACAAAAGUGGAAGAAAUGUCACUGCUGACAAUUUCUUUACCUCAGUCCCCCUUGCUGAAGGGCUCUUGAAUGAUGGGCUUACUUAUGUGGGCACUAUAAGGUCAAACAAACCCCAUGUCCCAGAUGAAAUGAAAGCAAACAACAGGAAAGAGGAGCAUAGCUCAAUGUUUGGAUUCCAUGACCAGCUUACCCUAGUUUCCUAUGUACCAGCUCGAGGAAAGGCAGUUUUGGCACUCUCAACCAUGCACCAUGACAACAGUGUUAGUGGCGAUCAGCAAAAGCCAGACAUCAUCCUGCAUUAUAAUAACACAAAGAGCGGGGUAGACAACCUUGACCACUUGGCAAGAAUGCACACCUCUCGACGCAAGAUCAACAGAUGGCCAAUGGUCUUAUUCUUCAACAUGGUAGACAUUGCAGGAAUCGCUGCCUUCAUUAUCUGGCUCGGAAACUUCCCUGAUUGGAAAUCUUCAGAGGGCUCCCACAGGCGUCGUGUCUUUCUCAGAGAGCUUGGGUAUGAACUGGUAAAGCCACAUGUAGAGAAAAGGUCACAGAUUCCAAACCUCCAUUCAGCAACUAGGGAAGCAAUGGCAAGCAUUGGUGUUGGUCCUGCUAACCGUGCAGAGCAGCCCGCAGUUGCUGCAGUACCUAGCAAACGCAAGCGCUUAUCACCUCUGGGCAAUUGCAGCGCCAAGAUGAAUGAUGUAGAGGAUGCAACCUGUCUGAGUGGCAAGUGA